AUGUCGAGUGGUGAAGAUGAUCGUCAUCGGCACAAAUUAGCUAUAAUUGGCGGUUUUGUGGUUGGUAUACUGGCGGCGAUUCUUUUGGUAAUGUUUCUGGUGUACCGAAUGCGGAAGAAGGACGAGGGUAGUUACGCACUGGAUGAACCCAAACAACCACCUCACUAUUCGUAUGCAUAUCAGAAGGCACCAACUAAGGAGUUUUAUGCAUAG